AUGCUUUAUUAACUUCAUCUAAUUUUGUACAUAUCAUGCAAUUCUACUAUAUUCAACUAGAACAACUUAAAAUAUGAUUACUAUUUAGGAAGUGGCUCGAUGGUAAUAGAUUUCUUGAGUGAUAAAUUCUGGGGAUUAUGCAGACCAGCAUUUGAAGGAAAACCAGUAAAUUUACGUAGUUUCAUAUCAUUCAAUAAUAUAACAAACACUUAUUUGAUUUCGAUUGAAUCAAACUUCACAUUUUUCCCAGAUAAUGAUCCUCUCGAAUUGUAUAGGCAGUUCUCAUUUGAAAUAAAUGUAGACCUCAAGGAUGGUUCUGAAUCUGAUUAUCCUGCUUUUUGGAGUUUAUUUGUAUAUAAGGAAGAAAAUUGA